AUGAAAAGGAGCGGUAUAGCGAAGGCCGUUCUGCACGAUGUUCGCGGUUCGUCGGAUUAUCUUGGGUUCGGGACUCCGGACUCAGCCUCCCUCCGCCCGUGCGGGCUGGUUCUGACCCGGUCCAACAGCGCCGCUGCCCAGCAGGACAAACCCAAGAAGACUCAUUUCGGGCCUCUGAAGGAUCAGGAUCGGAUCUUCACUAACCUGUACGGACGCCAUGACUGGAGGUUGAGGGGUGCUCAGUCUCGGGGUGACUGGUUCAAGACGAAAGAGAUUCUCCUGAAGGGUCCGGAGUGGAUCCUGCAGGAGGUGAAGGUGUCGGGGCUCCGAGGGAGAGGGGGGGCCGGCUUCCCUACAGGCAUGAAGUGGGGCUUCAUGAACAAGCCGAGCGACGGCCGUCCCAAGUACCUGGUAGUGAAUGCAGAUGAGGGGGAGCCCGGCACAUGCAAGGACAGGGAGAUCCUGAGACACGACCCUCACAAGCUGGUGGAGGGCUGUCUGGUGGCGGGCCGAGCGAUGGGGGCCCGUGCAGCGUACAUCUACAUCCGAGGAGAGUUCUACAAUGAGGCGUCCAACCUGCAGGUACCACUGACCUGGAGAGACCGUGCACUUGAUUGCUCCUCCUCCACUUGUCGUGGGCGGGAUGCCUGUGGCUCGGGGUUUGAUUUCGAUGUGAUCGUGGCUCGGGGCGCCGGAGCGUACAUCUGCGGGGAGGAGACGGCGCUGAUCGAGUCUCUGGAGGGGAAGCAGGGCAAGCCCAGACUCCAGCAGCCACCUUUUCCGCCCCUCCCAGGAGUGUUCGGUUGUCCCACCACGGUUGCCAACGUGGAGACGGUCGCCGUGGCGCCCACAAUCUGUCGCCGGGGCGGCAGCUGGUUCCUGGGCUUCGGGCGCGAGAGAAACUCUGGGACGAAACUCUUCAACAUCUCCGGGCACGUGAACCAGCCCUGCACAGUGGAGGAGGAGAUGUCUCUGCCACUGAGAGAGCUGAUAGAGAGACACGCAGGCGGGGUGAUUGGCGGCUGGGAUAACCUGUUGGCUGUGAUCCCGGGCGGCUCCUCCACGCCCCUCAUCCCGCGCUCCGUGUGCGAUGACGUCAUGAUGGAUUUCGAUGCGCUGGUCCAGGCUCAGACCGGGCUGGGCACUGCGGCGGUCAUCGUCAUGAACAAAUCCACAGACGUCGUGCAGGCGAUCGCUCGCCUCAUUGAGUUCUACAAGCACGAGAGCUGUGGACAGUGCACCCCCUGCAGGGAGGGGGUUGACUGGAUGAAUAAGAUGAUGUGGCGUUUUGUGAAAGGGGACGCUCGCCUCUCCGAGAUAGACAUGAUCUGGGAAAUCAGCAAGCAGAUCGAGGGGCAUACAAUCUGCGCACUGGGAGACGGGGCCGCCUGGCCAGUACAGGGUUUGAUUCGUCAUUUCCGUCCAGAGUUGGAGCAGCGCAUUCAGAACUUCCAGAGAGACAAUCCGCAGCAAGCCAGGCUGUGAGGGGUUAACUACGACACCCUGCCCCUCCCCUGCCUCUCCUCCACCUCUCUCCCUCUCCCUCUCUUCCCUCUCUUCCUCCCUCUCUCCCCCUAGCUCUCUCUACCCUUCUCCCCCUCCUGUCUUGUAAUUAUAUUCCCAGGACACCCCCCAUGUUUUGCAGAUAGUUUAGGGGAGAUUGUCUGGACUGUGCAGGGAGCUCUCUGUUUAAAAUGAUAACGAUGUAUUAUAUUGGGUUUCUCUUGCUGUGUUUAACAGAAUAAAAAAAAUAAAAAGGGUUUAAAUUA